AUGCACCCCCUUCUCCUCCUCAAGGCCCUGCUGGUAACCCUCGCGACAGCCAACCCCGUCUCCAUUACCAAACGCGAGAUCAACCCAAGCACAGUCAACAUCCUCACCGCUGCCCAACUAACGACCCAACGCAACGAGCUCCUUCUUGCUCAGUCCGAAUCCGCUCGCGAAGCAAUUCUCUUCCCCAACCCUCCCAACGCCAGUAACGACACCUUUCAGUUUCUCAACAACACCGUCCUUCCGCCAACAGCCGGUUCAAUCUACCUGUCCACUAUCAAUAAUUUCCCUGCGCUUGGUUCCACAGGCCUAGCAGCAGCCGUGGGCUUCGUUAACGCAUGUGGUCUAAACACGCCACACUGGCACCCACGCGCCAAUGAGUUCUUGACAGUAGUCCAAGGUACACUGGUCGGUGCCCUCCUUCUUGAAAACGACAGCGGAUUUGGCAACGUAGUGGGUGGCGCACCACCGGUGCGUGGUCCAUACCAACAGAUUGAAACCACGUUGUCCAACUACACAGGCAUGCUUUUCCCCAAGGGCCUCAUUCAUUGGCAGUUCAAUCCAGAGUGCGAGCCAGCUGUAUUCGUUGCUGGCUUCGAUAUCAAUGACCCUGGACGCGUUGAAGCAGCUCGAGGUUUCUUUUCGGGUACCCCAGACGAGGUUCUUGAAGCGAGUGCGGGCUAUAGUGAGUUUUUGACGCCGGAGCAGGUUGCUGGUUUGAGGCCUGAGCUUACCAGUGACUUUACGGCAAUUGUGGAGAGCUGCGCGAAGAGGUGUGGGAUCCCUUAUGAGGCUGGUGGGGUGUCUCCGUCGGCCUCUUCAAGUGCUUACCCGUCCUCCACGAGUUCGCGUGCAGGUUACAAUAUUUAG